UCUCUUCCCCCUAUUUUAUAAUGCUCUCCUCAAGCUAGAUUCCUCAUUGUCAAGCUUCCAGGCAAGCACCGUACCAAGGGCAAGCCAUGGGCUCCCGCCGUCUUCCUACUCCUACCACCUUAGUCCUGCUGCUGCUGCUACACCUCUACUACGCGCCGCGCUGGGCCUUCUCGCUCUCCUUCAGCCUCAACUUCUCCGACCCCAGUGCCGGCUCAUGGGUCGACCUGGACGGCGACGCAUCCAUCACUCCGCCGAGGCUCGAGCUGACGGGAAACGUCCAGAGCAGCGUCGGCCGGGCGUCGUACCGACACAAAGUGCCGCUGUGGAACAGCGACACGGGCGAGAUGGCUAGCUUCACCACCAACUUCUCCUUCCGAAUCACGCCGGAGAAGACCGGCGUGACAGGCGACGGGAUGGCCUUCUUCCUCGGGCAUUUCCCUUCGGAGAUCCCGCCUACCAGCAAAGGCGGCGGCCUCGGCCUCCUCCCGGCCUUCACCGACGGGACGGGCAGCACCCGGAUCGUGGCCGUGGAAUUCGACACUCUCCGCAACUCGCACUAUGCCGACAUCAACGGCAACCAUGUCGGCAUCGACGUCAGCUCCGUCACCUCCGUGGCGUCCACGGACACGACGACCAGGCCGGGCAAGAACCUCACGUCCUCCUACGUUAUGGAGGCCACUGUGAGGUACUAUAACGUGUCCAGGAUGUUGGCCGUUGAUCUCCUCAUCGACGAUGCCUUGUACAAGGUCAAUGCAACCGUCGAUCUGAGCAGAUGCUUACCGGAGGAGGUUGCUGUCGGCUUCUCCGCGGCCACCGGCGACUUCUCCGAGCAGCACCAGAUACUGUCAUGGUCGUUCAGUUCCACUCUACCUCCUCUUCCGAAGAGGAAGAACCGCAAAAAGUUAGUGAUGAUCCUACUAUCCGUACUAGUCCCGUUGCUCCUUUUAUUAUUAGUGUGUUCGGCCGUGGUGCUAUGGCGGCGACACAAGAAAAUGGGACAAAAUAUGGACAGCCAAGAACGGUGUGCCAACAGAACCGACCUCGAGAGAGGUGUGGCCGCCGGCGGUCCCAGACGGUACACCUACAACGAGCUGGCUGCCGCAACCAGACACUUCGCGGAGGAGGAGAAGCUCGGGCGAGGCGGCUUCGGUAGCGUUUACCGGGGCCACCUUACGCUCACAUCCGCAGCCGCCGACCAUCGUGCGGUGGCGGUAAAAAUGUUGUCGGCGGAGUCAUCGGCGCAGGGGAGGAAGGAGUUCGAGGCCGAGGUGAGGAUCAUCAGCAGGCUGAAGCAUCGGAACCUUGUGCAACUGCUGGGUUGGUGCGACAGCCGCAAGGGGCUCCUGCUCGUCUACGAGCUGGUCAGAGAGGGCAGCCUAGACAGGCACCUCUACAGCAAGGACGGCAGGCAUCUGACAUGGCAACAGAGGUACAAGAUAAUCCUCGGCUUGGGGUCAGCGCUGCACUACCUCCAUGGAGAGUGGGAGCAGUGCAUCGUGCAUGGCGACAUUAAGCCCAGCAACAUCAUGCUGGACUCGUCGAUGAGCACCAAGCUCGGGGACUUCGGGUUAGCCCGGCUAGUGGACCACGACACGGGGUUGCUGCAGACCACCAAGGCCGUGCUCGGCACCGUCGGCUACAUCGACCCGGAGUUCGUCAACACGCGCCGGCCGUGCACCGAGUCGGACGUGUACAGCUUCGGUGUCGUCCUCCUGGAGAUCGUCUCCGGCCGGCGGCCGGUGGUGGAGACCGCGGGGAAAUCCUUCACACUGCUCAGGUGGGUGUGGAGCCUGUAUGGAAGGAAUGUGAUCCUCGACGCGGCGGACGAACGGCUGAGGGGUGAUGAGGCCGAAGAGCGGUGGAUGGUGAGGGUGCUUGUCGUCGGGCUCUGGUGCGCGCACCCGGACCGGAGCGAGCGGCCGUCUGUCGCCCAGGCCAUGCAUGUCCUGCAGUCCGACGAGGUGAGGCUGCCGGUGCUCGCGCUACAGAUGUACAGGACUAUGCAAUACCCCAGGUCGUCCUCCGGCCCGUAUGAGGCCUUCUCCAUUGACAGCUCCACCUCUAGUUCCGGUUGUGUGCGUUCUUCCUUCGUCAGCACUGGCGACGACAGUCUUUCUUCUGGAUCGUCCUCAACUGCAUUGCUACGUCAUUCCAAGGAUCUAGCUAACUGAUUCAUCCAAAUUUGUAAGUGUGGUGGCCAUUAUAUGUAAGCAUCACACUAAACUUAACAUUAGGAGCAGCAAACAUAUUUUUCACAUGUGAACCUUGUGGCAAUUUUUGGGUAGGAGCCCCCUACCUCUACAUCAUUGUGAUGCACACACAAUUGUUUCAAUUUACGUCAUAGUUUUAAA